AUGGCCGCCCAAAACGAGAGAUACUCUUCAAAGGAAGAGGCAAUUCGCAUUUUCCAAUAUUUACUCGGCGUUUUUGAUCCCAUAUCGCUACCGUCCGAAGUUGCCAGUCGGCAAGGCAAGAUAAAAUUCACGGCCGAACGCGACCAGCCGUAUUUUCCUAUCCCAUUCAAAGAAACCGAGACGACAGCGGCAAUCAAGGCCAUUGAGGGCACCGUCGCCGCUCUAUUGGCAGAGACGAGCGACGACGGAAGCGCAAAGGAUGCGCAGGUACAUGUAAACCUGGAGAAGACGACUGCGUUUCUAUUCCAGGCGUACCUUGCGCGGGUGGGUGGCCUGGGCAAGCUGGACAAAGAAGUCAAGGCGCUACUCAAAGAUACCGAUCUACUUCAGGCGCAGUCCAACUCGUACCGGCGCAUGUCGGCAAAUCUAUACAAGACCAAGCAGCCCGGCGAGUACUACCACAUCCACGGCUCUCUGGAGGCCUCUACGACGCUGAAAAUGAUUGGAUUGGAGUCGCAUCGUCCGGAUCUCGAGACCCAUGAGCAAAUCGUCGAUGCCAUUGAAGGGGCUGUCGAAAAGUUCACCGUCGAGGAGCUAGAGGCGAUGAACAGGGAACAUCGCCAGGCCGGUGUCAAAGCAUUUAAGCACACCGAUUUUGCCAACACCCCGCACGGCAAAACAAAUCUUGCAUUGCCUCCGUGGUCGGUAGAAAGUCUCGAGUCAUCAACACCAAAGACACCCCUCCCUCGGACCCAAAAAGGCAGGCUCCUCUCCGGCGUCAAGGUUCUCGAGCUCUGCCGCAUCAUUGCCGGGCCCAUCAUCACCAGGAUCCUCGGCGAGUACGGCGCCGACGUUCUCAAAGUGACCAGCCCCAACCUCAGCGACGUGCCGUUCUUCCAGGUGGACGGCAACAUGGGAAAGCACGCGACCGACAUCGACUUGAAGACGCCGCAGGGCAGGAAGCUGUUUGAGGAGCUGCUCGAGGAUGUGGAUGUCGUCGUCGACGGGUACCGCCCGGGCGCGUUUGACAAGCUGGGCUACGGCCCCAAAAAGCUUGCUGAGCUGGCCGCGAAGCGCGGGAAGGGAGUCAUCUAUGUCAACGAAAACUGCUUUGGCUACGAGGGCGAAUGGGCACACCGAGCGGGAUGGCAGCAGAUUGCCGACUGCGUGACUGGCAUUGCCUGGGAGCAGGGCCGCUUCAUGGGUCUCGACGAGCCCGUCGUGCCACCGUUUCCCAUCUCCGACUACGGCACGGGGUGCAUGGGCGCCAUCGCCGCGCUCGUGGGCCUCUACCACCGCACCACGCGCGGCGGCUCAUGGCACGGCAAGGCGUCGCUGCUGCACUACGACCUGCUUCUCUUCAAGGUCGGCCAGCUGUCCGCGCACGUCCAGCAGCAGCUCCGCUCGGCCAUGGGCGCCGAGGUGCUCGCCCUGCGGCACGCCAACAGCGUGGACCAAAUCUCCGGCACGACGCUGCGGCAGAUGCGAGCCGCGUUUCCGGACUUUGUGGACAACCCCAAGUAUCUGGACCACUGGUACUCGGCGGCGUACGGAAAGGACGUCUCGGCGGUGAAGCCCGUGGUGGAGAUUGACGGGCUGGAUGUUAGUUUCCAGAGAGCGAGCCGGCCGAACGGCUCGGACGCACCGACAUGGAAUUUCGGCGUGGAUAAGGACUAUAGAAAGUAG